UUCUGUGUAAUUGACCAAUAGGCGACAUUUCUGUCCAUGCAUACAGGUGUGCACGGCUGCGCAUACCGGAGCAGCGUGGGAUCUGGUGUUUGCGUUAGGAGCGUCUGAUUGUUAGUGUGACACGGACGGAAAGGAGCCUUCCUCCCCCACCAGCGAAGCGGCUUCUGUCUGCAAACCGCGCAACUAGGGCAUGCAUUCAGCCAGCACACAGCAGCGGCAGCGCACCAAACAAGCCGCUGUGAUCUGAGAGCCUCUGCACGGCGACGGCUCGCUCUUUCGUAACGGAGUCGGGGCAGCUUCAGCGUUUGCGGGACAAUUUCGAGCUUUGAGUAUAGGGACAGGUCUGUGAAAAGGCAGGCGUGUGUCGGAGGGUUUGCAUCCCCUCUUUUUUGUUGUUAUUGGGGUUUUUUUUUAAACCCCCUUCGUAUUGCUCUCUGGUUUUCAUCCCGGAUCCCGCAAGAUGCAGCCUCUUACCUGACAGAUCUGUGGCACCACAGCUGCUGCUGCUGCCUACAGCUCUCCUGUCAUCAUCGGGAUCUGUCCCCUUCAAACAGGACAAGAUAGACUUCGGCUCAUCAUCGAAAGUGGCCCCUGUCAAGAGAGAAACCUGCUGAAGAUGACUUCAUCCGAGCCGACUGCCUGAAAGCAGCAUGAGAUUACUGAGGACUAUCACGCUGACCGCUGAUUCGAGCUGUUUUCUCUUUUGAGGGCUGAUCCAAAACGAUGUUCCUGUGUGUGAGCUGACUGACCGGGGGCGUCAGGGGUGCUGGGGGCUGCUGCUGGUGUUCUAGCACGGGGACACAGCCCAGCAGCUCAGACGCAGACACCGCCGGAGAAAGAUGGCUCGCCCCGGGUCGGGGCUGCUGGUGCCCAUGAAUGGCGUGGGGUACCCGCCUCAGAACCUGGCCAGGGUGGUCGUCUGGGAGUGGCUGAACGAGCACGGGCGCUGGAGGCCGUACAGCGCGGCGGUGUGCCACCACAUCGAGAACGUACUGAAGGGAGACGCCAGGGGAAGCGUGGUUCUUGGGCAGGUGGAUGCCCAGCUCUCCCCUUACAUCAUCGACCUGCAGUCUAUGCACCAGUUUCGGCAGGACACAGGCACCAUGAGGCCCGUGCAGAGGAACUUCUACGAGCCGUCAUCGGCCCCAGGGAAAGGCGUGGUGUGGGAGUGGGAAAACGACAACGGCUCGUGGACGCCGUACGACAUGGAGAUCUGCGUGACCAUCCAGAAUGCCUACGAGAAGCAGCACCCGUGGCUGGACUUGACCUCUCUGGGCUUCUGCUACCUCAUCGACUUCAACAGCAUGUCCCAGACCAACCGGCAGAGUCAGCGCAAGCGCCGCCUUCGGAGACGCAUGGACCUGGCGUACCCGCUCAUCAUGGGCUCCAUUCCCAAGUCCCAGUCGUGGCCCGUGGGCGCCAGCUCUGGCCAGCCCUGCUCGUGCCAGCAGUGCAUCCUGGUGAACAGUACAAGAGCUGCCUCCAACGCCAUCCUGGCCUCGCAGCGGCGUAAGCUCUACGGAGGGACGGCUGGCAACUCGGGCGCCGCGGGAGGCCUCGGCGGCGUGCGGCAGAGCAACACCUUCGCUGGAACCUCCCUGUGGUCCCCGACGUCCGGCUCCUCCGGUGCCAACCACAAUAACAUAAGCGUGGGAGGUGGGCAGUCGAAAGCCGAACAGGUGCAGUCGCCGCUGCCUUCUGCCAACUUUCCCUGCUCCCCGGUGAUGCCAUCGCUUUCAUCCUCCCACGGUCACCACGCGCUCACCAUCAACGGACAGAACAAUCUGAACCGGCCAGGCACCCAGCGGAUUUCCAUGGGGACCACCAGAGGAGCCAUCCCACCCGGGGUUCCUGCUUUACCAGUGAAAAAUCUGACCGGGUCUGGACCUGUGCACCCAGCGCUAGCAGGCAUGACAGGUAUCCUGAUGUGCGCUGCAGGUCUACCCGUUUGUCUGACUCGAGCUCCAAAGCCUAUACUGCACCCGCCACCCAUCAACAAGAGCGACAUGAAGCCUGUGCCAGGGAUCAAUGGCAUGCGGCGCAAAACCAAGAAGAAGCACCUGAAGAGAGGUAAAAACCCGGAGGAUGUGGUCCGAAGAUACACAGAGAAGAUUAAAGUGGUGCCAGACGAGGACUGUACCAUCUGCAUGGAGAGGCUGGCGAUGUCAUCGGGCUACGAAGGCAUCCUGCAGCACAAAGGCAUCAAGCCAGAAUCGGUGGGCAAACUUGGCAAAUGUGGUCACAUGUACCAUCUGCUGUGCCUGGUGGCCAUGUACAACAAUGGCAAUAAGGACGGCAGCCUGCAGUGCCCAACGUGUAAGACAAUCUACGGGGAGAAAACAGGCACCCAACCCCCUGGGAAGAUGGAGUACCACGUCAUCCCCCACUCUCUGCCCGGCUACUCGGAAUGCAAAACCAUCCGCAUCGUGUACGACAUCCCCGCCGGGAUCCAGACCAAUGAGCACCCCAACCCCGGCAAGAAGUUCAGUGCAAGAGGCUUCCCUCGACACUGCUACCUCCCGGACAACGAGAAAGGCAGGAGGGUCCUAAAACUCCUCAUCAUGGCUUGGGACCGUCGCCUCAUCUUCACCAUCGGCACAUCCAGCACCACGGGAGAGUCGGACACGGUCGUGUGGAACGAGAUUCACCACAAGACGGAGUUUGGCUCCAACCUGACCGGCCACGGCUACCCUGACCCAAACUACUUGGACAAUGUGUUGACGGAGCUGUCGGCCCAGGGCGUUGGAGAGGACAAUCUGAAGGACUGACGUGCCGGCCACAGCGGCCACCAGCAGCACAGCAUUCUUCAGAGAACAAGGGACAAUGCAUGAUGUGCCAGGCUACGUCUGGCAACUCCUUAACAGCUUACAACCUGAAACGUUCUUCAGAAGUGGCUGACUAAGAGCAAUAGAAGCAGAAACCAAUGGUUCAGAUUUAUGUUCGAUCUCCACCCAGCUGUCUCCCGAUCCAUGCCUUGAGGAUGUCGAGUCCCGCCUCGAUGAGCUCCCUCCCUCUGAGAGGAGGAUGUGAGGAUGGUUUUAUACUCGUGUCGGAAGCUGCAGGCCGCAGUUUGCACGUAACCCCUUUUAGACUUAAACCUCUAAAGCGCUCUACACUUGCGAGUUGGAAGGUCAGGGUCCAAAUCAGACAUAUUUUAAAGGCUAAGCUUUUGAAUGCAUGACCCCAACUAAUGCUGCAUAAUGAAUGUUGAGCAAAUACGGCAGGAUAAGCUGUUGCCUGUCAUAGCAAAGAUACGCAGGAGAGAACUUUAAUUUGUCAUUUGUUUUUGCUUUGCUGUUUUGCCUUUACAAUCAAUAAUUGCAGUACAGUGUUUUGCAUAAGUAUUCACACCCCUUGUCACAUUAUUACCACAAGCUUCAAAUUGGGAUUUCGUACGGCAAGCUCACAACAAAGUAGCGCAUAGUUAAGUGAAACGAAAAAUUAUGGUUUUCAAAAUCGUUUACAAAUAACCUUUUACUACAACUACAGCAAUUCUUUUGGGAUAGAUAUCUAGGUCUGGGCUUUGACUGAGCCAUCUAACUCGUUAACAUGUGCUUCUGUUGUGGCUCUCGGUGUUUGCUUAGGGUUAUUGUCCCGUUGAGCCUGCGCUCGUCUUCAGAUUCUUCUAUAUUUUCUUCCAUUACUGCCAUUUAAUUAGCUCCAUUUAAUUUACUCAUUAACGCCAACCAGCUUCUCCACCCCGAUUGAAGAAAAUUAUGCUGCCGCCAUCUUGUUUCGCCUUGGGGAUGGUGUGUUCAGGGUGAUGCGUGGUGUUAGUUUUUUUUCAUUUAUUUAUUUACACACAUAGUUUUGCAUCUGUUGUAAGAAAACAUGUUUAAUUUUAGCCCAGUUUGACCAGAGCUCCUCCUUUCAUUCAAAGUUUAGAUUUGGCAUCUUAAACAACGUCUUCAAACAAUGUGGUUCUUUAUGUUGCAGCUCUGCUUGCCUUUAAACGUCCCAACAACUUUCUCGCUGUGUUCUUAGACUUUGUGAUGCUGUUUGUUCACUAAUGUCUGCUGAGGCCUUCACAGAGCAGCAGGGCGCUCUGAUAGGCAUUUACUACUUAGAUGAAGGCAGAUGGUUACGGUGCGUUUUGUUUAGAGUUGUCAACGGUGACUUGAUUACAUUUUUGAGUGCAAAAAUCAUGAUUUGCAAGUCAUUCAUCAUUUCCCUUCCACUGCACAACUUUGCGGUCAUUUUAGUUCAUCUCCACAAAGAAAAAUACAAAUAAAAUACUUACAAGUUUGCGGUUGUAGACCAGGGGGUGUGAAUACAAAGCAAACCGCCUGGGCAACUUUUAAGGUGAAGAUUCCUGAUUUGGUGAAAGCUAUUUAAGGUCAUCUUCAGCUUUUAUUUAUAUUUGUUUACCAAUUAGUAUUCUGCAAAGUGCUUAGAUGUCUGAGAGGUGCGGACCCAAACUUAUAUUUUGGAUUGUUGGGCGGAGAGGUCACACCGGCCGAAACUAAGCCUGCAACAGGAUGUCGAGGUUGUGCAGCAGGAUUUCAUCGAAGGCCAAACUCAUCCGCUUCGUUGGUGAUGCUGACGAGGCUGACCUCUGCGAACAGAAAGCCCGCUUUAUUAUUAUUCUCCACUAUCGAAAGUUUCCCCGUCCGUUGGCUCGAUCCAUCACGCCCGGCCAUACGGGAGGAGCGAGAGCGCGAUCGCCUGCUGUGAGGCGUCUCAGCUCUGGUUCUAAGUCCUUGAGUGGAGCAGCUGAGCGCCCAGAUGGACGUUCCUCUCUCAGACACCAACGAUUUUUUCCUUCUCCGAGCUCCAUCGCGAGGCUCACCUGCAAUACGCAAGCCUCCCGUGAGCCCCCCCGCUCACUGACGGGCAGCACACCAAGCUCAACGGCCCGUACGGCGAGCAGCGAAACAUUUCAUUUCCCGACUGAGCUCAUGCAGAGUUGCUUUAAGCUGAUGCUAGCGCAUGGCUUCGACCUCGCUUCUUCUCAGCUGUAGAGUUAAAGAGGGGUGCAAAAUUUCAUCUUGCGUUUUGGCAGAGAAGGUUGUUUUUUUUCCUGCAUCCUCCUCAUUUGUAGUAUCUGAGAGCUUGAGCUUCUCAAGGCCCUCAUAAUGUUUCUUUGCAACCUAUCGGUGGAUAAUCCUCCUGAGUGUAUGUGAUCAAUUCGAUGAGUUGGGCCGGGGGCUGAAUCAUAGUCUUCCAUAGCACUUUGAGGCAACUUUUCUGUUGAAUCAGUCUUUUUAUUUCAUUUAAUUUCUUUUAUAAGAUGUCUAAAAUGACUAUUUACUGUCUUUUUUUAAGUUGAUGUUUAUAAACUGGCUUGCGAUGCUUUAAAGAUAAAAAAUAAUAUAUACAUAUAUAUAUAUAUAUAGACAUAUAUGUAUGAUAUAUAAUUGCAGAUGUGAUAUACCUUUAAUUUCGAGCUCAGUUUGAGUCGGUGGUGUAAGUUUAGUUUAUUUUUAUACUCUUAUAUAUAUACGGAGGGAAAAAAAAGAUUGUCCCACAUAUUUAUACGCAAACACAUGUCAAAAUGGAUUCUGGCUCAGUUUGUCAGGGACUGAAACAUGUGACAUGUCAUGAACGUUGUAUAUUACAAGUAGUGUUAGAAUGCGGCUGUCGUUACCUUAACGUAGAAUCUGCAUUGCUGAUUGCCUGUUGGACGCCAGUAAAUUCAGUAAAUUGACUUUUAUUAUUGGCGAGGGAAGGUUAGCAUGGAGAUAUUUUCUUUUCUCUUUUUUUUCCCACAAGUUAGGCACUUUUACUCUUUUUCUACUUGCCCAGAACUUGAAAUCCUUUCUGAGCAGUCUGAAGGCGAAAUUGCAAAUAGAAUAUAAGAGGUUGAUUUAGCAAAAUGAAACAUUAGACCAGCAUGUAAACCAAAUCAAACACCAUAAAAACAAAGAGGUAUCAUCUUUAUCAUUGGUCGUUUGCAAUAAUGUG